UUGAGACCUGCUUUAAGCACCACAAUAUGCUACAGUUGUUAAGGUAUACAUUUAUAAAACACUGCCAACAUAUUUACAGUAACGGUAGCUGUGUGUAUCGCGGCGGUAGUCAGCCAGCCGGCCCCGUGGAACCCAGGGCGCAUGCCCGGUCCGAACCCAGGACUCGCCGCCAUGCUCCCGACCGGUCCUCGCAUACCCGCAAUUCCGGCUAUACCGGCGUCCAUCCCGGAUAGCGGCUUGAGUGCGGUCGCGUGUACAAACCUAGGGCGAGAGGCGGUGUCGCGUUGCUUUGAGACCAAUAGCGGCUUUCAGAUGCAGUACGUUCUAGCGGUGCUCUCCAACGGUUCACAGGCGCUCAUGCCCAGAAACGCGCAACAAGUGGUUGCCGGACUUUGCUCGUCACAGGGCGCGAUUACCUUGUGUAUCGAAUCCGCUAUGGGCAACCCCCGCAGUAGUCGGACCUGCUGGGACUUUCCCGAGUACAAACGCCUGGGGCUGGAAAUUUUAGCACUGGAAUCCAGCCUCCAGCAGAUAUGCGGAAAUGGAAUCAUACCGAAACAGGAAGUAUGUCAUCGCGACCUGCUCAACACAAUGCGCACAUGCUACACUAACGCGGGACUGGACCCGGCUCUGUUCAGCCUGAACGCCACCUCGGUGACAAAUGCUGCCAGACCUAGCCAACUGAUUGGAACCAUCAUCGGAAAUGACGCCAAAUCCGCUUCAAAAUUCUGUCGUGUGAAGGAACAGCUGUACACGUGUCUCAGUAAGCACGUCGACAACUGCCCCGGAGCCGACCAGAUCCUGGCGCUCAGCGGAUAUGAACACAAGACGCUCAAGAGCGGCAUUGACGUCAUCUGUCAUGACGUGAACGUUUAUUUGGACGGUCUCCGCUGCUUUAACGAUAAGAGCCCGGAGGUUCUGGGAUGCUUUAACACGCUCGUCCAGAAAGUUACAGAUCUGACAACGGAACAGAUGCGCACCAACAUGCCGGCCGCACAGUAUAACUCCAGAUACUGCCAACUUCGGGUUGAGCAACUCGAAUGCGAUAAGUCCGUCUUAGAGAAAAAAUGCAGCAACAGUGCGAUAGGCCUGAAACUAGAGUUCGAGUGCAACGUGCUUCCUUCCACGUGCAAAAAUGACGUCAUUAUUCAGCGUCGGCUUCAGCAGACGUGCGCCCUCCAGAGCUUUGCACGUCAUCUCCGAUCAGGGUCAACGCGCAUGUCCGUCGUAUUGUCAGUGACUGUGUCAAUAUUAUCCACGUUUAUCCUGGCGAUAAUUUUGUGAUAUAUGUGUAGUGUAUCACGUUGUUAUUUAUCUGUAAAACUGCGAACGCUAUGUAUCGCCUGUAAAAUUGUUCACAUUUCAUAGUGAUUCAACAAUGUCCCAUUCCUUUCGUUUAUUGCAAAUAUUGCAGAUUGUUAGACAUUUAGAUUUCCUUUAUUAAAUAUUCGUGAAAAGCAUAAUUUCUGUAUAUUUUUGUACCUCGGUUAUGGUUCGUACCUCAUACACUUACCACGGGACAAAUACUUUCGGGUGUGUUAAUUUGACCAAUAAAAGUUCAUGGCACAAUUAGCAAAAAGAUGUAUCUCAGAUUGCGAAGUGUAUAUAUCGUUAUUUCAAUUUGAAUGUUUGUAUAUAAACAA